UUAUUACUCCCUUUGUUUCAAAAUAAAUGACUCAAAAAUGACUCAACUUUGUAUUAAAUUACUCAAAAAUGAGUAUAAUGUUUCCCAUACAAGGUAUAUACACCCAUUGACAAAAAGUUUCCCUCCCGGUGGGUUGAUGCAUGCAGAUCUUGAUGAUGGUAGCUAGGACGCGCAUAUAGUGGUUUACGUGUACUGACACGUGCAUGGGUGUGCUAGGUGGUGCAUGCGGGUACCAGCGCAACGUGGAGAAGCCGCCGUUCUCCGGCAUGAUCACGGCGGGCGGCCCCUCCAUCUUCAAGAACGGCAAGGGCUGCGGCGCUUGCUAUCAGGUUACAUGCACCGGCAACGCCGCUUGCUCCGGGUUUCCGGUGACGGUGGUCGUCACAGACGAGUGCCUUGGCGGGCUGUGCCUGGCCGAGGCUGCCCACUUCGACCUCAGCAGGAAAGCUUUCGGCGCCAUGGCCAAGCCCGGCCAGGCCGACAAGCUUCGCAACGCCGGCGGCAUUAGAGUCCAGUACAACCGGGUUCCGUGCAACUGGGGCGGGGUGGACAUGGUCUUCAAGGUGGACGCCAGCUCCAACCCGAGCUACCUCGCGCUGCUCAUAGAGGACGAGCCCGGCGACGGCGACCUGUCGGCAGUCGAGCUUCAGCAGUGGAGCCGUGGUUACGGCUGGGAGCCGAUGCAGGAGUUGCGGGGCGCCGUGUGGAAGUACAACUCCACGACCGCCCUGCAGGCGCCCAUAUCCAUCCGCCUCACCACCGGCUCCGGCAAGCAGCUCGUCGCCAGCAAUGUCAUCCCCCGCAUAUGGCAGGCCGGUAGGACAUACAGAUACCCAUUGAUCGCUUUGUCGGGUCGAGUGCCUAUAUAUGGGUAGAUGUAAGUAUGUCUUUGUGUUGUGUAAUCGACAUUAACAGUUCGAUAUGGAAAUACGGAGUACUUGCUUUCAUCAUAUUCAUGCAUGAUUGAAAAGAAUCAAAUGAAACAUGGAGA